GCCACUAGAAGCAGAUGCCGUAUGGAGGCCAUAGUAAAUCUCGUAUAUUGAGGUACUGUAUUUGGGUGCAGGAAAUAUUGGAAUAGAUGAAGAGAGAGAAAGAUUUUGAGCAGAUGCUUACACAUUGGAUGUAACGAAUGCUGCGAUUGGACGCCUAAAGCUAAGAGAGAGAACAGAAUUCUAGCUACGUAUUUCCGCCACCCUAAAACAGGUUGGGUGCAGGACGAGAAACUGGCUCGACUUACGGCGAUGUCUUCGUCAGGUAGACAGAACAUCGCCCGCGUCAAGAGUGUGUGGAGUCUAGCUUCAGUGGUCUGUGACGUAGUACGCAGGAAAUCAAGUGUAAUAGUGCAACACUGAAGGUUUGUUGUGUACUUUUGCGGAUGACACGAGUAACUAUAGAGUUCUUGUUCAAUAGUCAGUCGCUAUGGCUUUUCAUGGAGUAAAACGUAGAGAAAUAAAGAAACAGUCAUACUACGUGUGGUUUCUAGGAGCCAAAGAGAGCAAGGGAUUAAGGGGGGAGCAGUAUAUUCGGCCCAUUCUAAACGAACUUUUAGAAGAGGAAAAGCAGUUGGAGCCCGCGAAAGUGACGCUUCAAGUUAGUAGCAAAGGUUUGAAGAUAAUAGAGAAUGUUCCGAGACAAGACAAUAGAGGAAAGACUGAACACAUUAAGCAUUUCAUCCCUCACCACGCCAUCACAUGUGUGAUCCAAGAGUCCAAACCAAAUGAUGAUAUUGUAUGCGCCAUUCUUUUAGUUUACAAUCCUUUGACAAAAUGCCCAGUCCACGUGCAUUGUUACAGGUGUGAUAGUGUUGAAACGGGCACCACGCUGAGAAACCAGCUUAAGACUCUAACAGAUAGGCCGGAAAACCAAAAGAAACUUAGAGAGAUUGAAACACGUUUGGAAGCUAAAGGUUUUCUUCCUUAUAGAAGACUGAACUCGGAUGGGCGCAGUAUCAGGACAGAAGGAUCAGACCCAACUGAUGACUCUCUCUACUCAGAUCGAGAUAUUCCGGGUAAAAACAAAGAGAACAUUAAUAGUUUGUACGAUUCACUUGCAGCUGAGCUGCGUGAAAAAUUAAACAACCAGAAUUCCUGUCCUAUUUUACUCCCUCCUAAGGAUUACGACCCGAUAUCUAGGAAGCAAGGCAAGUUACAAGGCAUUGAGGAAAGACGAAGCACUAAUUUUCAAAUAGUUGGAGUGAAUCAGAGGCUAAAGUCUUUUUCAGUUACACGGGACGAAACAAGAGAUUCCAGUGGAAACUCGAGUGGGAUUGGAUCAGAUGAGGCUCUUAGUUCUGCCAUUCAGGAAAUAGCAUCUCAUCUAGAGUACGAGAAAAAAAGAAUUGAUCCAGAUAUCAACUCAGAUGAUGAAGACUGGCAAGAUUCUCUAGCACAAGGAGAAGACCUGAUCCUGCCACAAUGGAGACAGAGUGUACCACCAGUUCAUCGUAACUACGGGCAAAGAUCACCAAACCCUGUUCCAAAGAGACCUCAACCCAUUUUACCAAAUCAUUUAGAAAGGAAUGUCGUUUCUGGGUCUUCCCGGGACGACUGGUACAGUAGGUUUGAGAAAUAUACAGGCUCUCAGGACGCAUUUAAGUCAGAUCGGGUUGGAUGUUCUUCACAAAGAGAAGAAGAAGAAGCUUUAACUGAUAGUCUAAACAAAACCAGACCUUUCUCUUACCAUAUUCCAAAAAAAGAAGAUAUCUCUUUAGGAUUAAAGAAAUCUGAUUUAGAUUCACGUGUUGUGUACAGACAGAAAAGUCCAGGUCCACCUCCUCCGGGGCAGAUGAAUCUCAGACCAGUGUCGUUUCCAAGUACUAAAACAGUUAACAGAAACAGACUUCUUUCUACUUCCUUCAACAGUUAUCCAUCUCACUCAGACUACCCCCGGGAGUUACGACCUGUAGAACGUCAACGAUCUAACCCUGUUCCUGGAGGUUUAAACCGAAACAGUGAGUUUCUACCUAGAAGAUACUUUUCUACGCGACCUCGAACUGAGGCUAAUCACGCCCCUUUUUAUGAGGAGCAUGGCCAACAGCUGUCUCCAGUUUGUCACGUUAGCCAAACGUAUCGCCGUGAUGAAAAUCUUCACACAGACAAACACCCAUUUGUCCCACUUGGAAAGCCUAUAAGUGCUAAAACCCCAGGAGACAUAGUGUCUAAGUGCCAAGUAGGACGACACAUGGAGAAUUUCCGACAGCUACAAUAUUCACCUGAGGAGAGGCAUAAAUCCGGUUCUUUUGAACUUCCGGUAAACCCUCGGGAAUACCGACAUAGCAUUGCAGAGCCUUUAAACCGCAGGCUACCGUUGAACUUCCAUUAAUAAAGAUGUGUGCCACGAUUGUGAAUAAUGUGCCUCAUGUGUGACACGAUCGUCACAAAAUGUACAGGUCGUCGUAUGUUUACCAACUCAAAGACAAUGAUUGUUCAGAUGCGUUAAAUAAAUGUUUUGAAAUUUGCCACAGAGACGUUUUACCCUCAGCUCAGAAGUGAGUUGUUGUUGCUUUGCUUGUCGUUAACCGCAAAGCUACACAAUGGGCUAUCUGUGCUGUGCCCACCACAGGUAUCGAAACUCGGUUUUCAGCGUUAUAAGUCUCGAGACUUGCCGCUGUGUCACUAGGGGGCCCAAACGUGAGAGAGAAGCACCGUGGUGACUGGAAGGUGUUUGUUUCAUUUUGUAUUUACUUUUCUAAGACUUCAGUUAAAUUUUUGAACGUUCUUCAUAGUUUAAAACUAAUGCUCAAAGAUUAUGUAGCAUAGCCAAAACAAUUCUGUAAAUACGUUUUAUAACCUGUAAUUUUAUGUGUUUUUAUAAUUUCGAUGUCGUUUGUAAGAUUUAUGUAGAAGAAUGGUGAAAUGGAAAUUAGUUUUAUGAUAUUAGACGUUUAGUUCCACUGCUACCUUGUAAAUCUUAUACAUUUACAGUAAAUAUAUAGUUAAAUACGUUAGCUCUUACUUUGAUCUUCAUUUUACAAAAAUGUGGAGUAUUUUAACCUAUUUUGUAUAUAUUA